GGCGGCGCGGCCAGGCCCGCUCAGCCGAGCGCAGAGGCGGCCGCAGGAACAAUACGGCGGCGGGCGCGGAGCCGCGCGGCCGCCCCGCACCAUGUACGCGUUCGUGCGGUUCCUGGAGGACAACGUGUGCUACGCGCUGCCCGUGUCCCGCGUGCGGGACUUCAGCCCCACCUCCCAGCAGGACUUCGACAACCAGAAGGUCUACACCGUGUACCGCAACCCCGAGGAGGCGGCGGACGAGGACGACGAGAGCCCCGGCGAGUGGGGCGACCGCCUGCUGCUGCACAAGGCCCAGAUCCUGGCGCUGGCAGAGGACAAAACUGACCUUGAGAACAGUGUGAUGCAGAAGAAAAUUAAAAUCCCCAAACUCUCUCUCAAUCACAUAGAAGAAGCUGGGGAAGUUACAGAUUAUGGGGAAGAAGAUGUGGAGCUUAGACACAGUAAGAGACAAGAUGGGAGGAAACAAAGUGAAGGUACACACAAAAGCAUUGAAGCAGUUGUUGCUCGCCUUGAAAAACAGAACGGGAUGAGUCUCAGUAAUACUUCCAGCCCUGAGGAGGCUUUUAUGGAGGCUACAGAAGGCAUGAACAAUAUGGACGAUGCUGUAGUUCCUCGGAUUCUCUAUGAGGAAUUGCUGAGGAGUUACCAGCAGCAACAGGAAGAGAUGAGACACAUUCAACAGGAGCUUGAGAGAACACGGAGACAGCUUGUGCAACAGGCAAAGAAGCUAAAGGAGUAUGGGGCACUCGUGUCAGAAAUGAAAGAGCUCAGAGACUUGAACAGGAGGCUCCAGGAUGUACUGCUCCUAAGACUAGGUAGUGGACCUGCCAUUGAGGUUGAAAAAGUAAAACCUGAAUCAAUUGAGCCCGAACCUGAGGUACAGAAGACCUUCAGUGAGGAAGCAAAUACAUCAACGUACUACCCUGCCCCUGUUCCAGUAAUGGACAAGUAUAUUCUCGAGAAUGGAAAGGUCCAUCUUGGCAGUGGAAUUUGGGUAGAUGAGGAGAAAUGGCACCAGCUGCAAGUAACACAAGGAGAUUCAAAGUAUACAAAAAAUCUAGCGGUUAUGAUUUGGGGAACAGAUGUUCUCAAGAACAGAAGUGUCACAGGAGUUGCAACCAAAAAAAAGAAAGAUGCCGUUCCCAAGCCACCUCUCUCACCUCACAAAUUAAGCAUUGUCAGAGAAUGUUUGUAUGAUAGAAUAGCACAAGAAACUGUGGAUGAAACUGAAAUUGCACAGAGACUCUCCAAAGUCAACAAGUACAUCUGUGAAAAAAUCAUGGAUAUCAAUAAAUCAUGUAAAAAUGAAGAAAGGAGGGAAAUUGCAAAGUACAAUUUGCAAUAAAUUUUGGAUUUUUAAUAAAGUCUUAGUGUUUUACUUAA